CUGCCAAUGAGAAUGAAGGGAAGGUUGGCCUGGGCUAUUACGCCCCGCCCCGGCAGCCGGCUGCGCUGCCUCCCGUCGGUGGAGGAAGAAGACAAUUGUUCUUGCAGACGAUGAAGUUUGUUUGGGGAAUUCAUCCUAAUGCGCUGGCGUAUUCCAUGACUACAUUAGGUGCUGGAAUGAUGAACAGUAUCUUUAACUUCUACUAUGUUAAGCUUUUCCUAAACCAAUACAAGAUUUCAGAAGCAGCAUUUCAUCAAGCACAGGUUGUAUUUAUGAUAUGGAAUGCCAUUAAUGAUCCUCUUUUUGGGUACAUUCAAGAUAACUCCACAUUCACAUGCUGCUCAAGACGCCAGUUCUCAAUCUUAUAUGGAGCUCCUUUGUAUGCAUUAGCCUUUUUGCUUCCUUGGUUUCCUUGGAAACAUUAUGAAGAAGGGGACUGGCAAAGUGGUCUUCACCUCAUCAUUGCGUUAUGUGCUUUUGAUGGCUUGCUGACGUUUGUGCUUCUAGCGCAGUGUGCGCUCUUUGCAGAGAUUUCAACACGACAUGAAAGUAGGCUUCAGCUUAUUAAAUACAACCAAGUAGCAACAUUACUUGGCUCCACAAGCGUUCUCUUUUGUGGUCUCAUAUCACAUAAUAUGGAAAAUUUUGCCUAUUUUCAGGCUUUCGCUGUUUUGGUUGCAGCAUUAGCAACAGCCUGUAUGUGUUACACAGGCAAAUAUAGUACUAGUCAGUAUGAGCAGAGAGAAAUCUGUAUGGAGAAUGCUAAUCUGGAAAAUGGUGAUAGAACUCUCUCCUGGUCCUCAGUAAUUUCAUUGACCAAACAGAUAAUGACAGAGAAAAACUUCCUGCUUUUUGUAGUGAUGAACUUCUUCCAAGUUUUCCACCUAGCCUUCUGCAACAAUUUUAUGAUGAUCUUUGCAGAUAAUCUUAUUCCUAAGGAUGUCCUUUCUUCCUCAUUAAGAAGCAUCAUGUAUGGAGCAGGCUUUAUUUGUCCUCAGUGCCUUGUUCUUCUCAGUCAUGCUUCACUGAAGAAGUUUGGUUAUUACAGAAUCAUCUUGUUUUCCUUCUACUUUGAAGGAGUAGCUGCUGCUGUCAUGUUUAUUCUAGGGUCAGAACACUAUUAUCUGUUGGCAUUUUAUCUCAUGACAAACAUGGUAAUUGUGCAAGCUUCCUUUAGUUUGUUCAAUUUGCCUUUGGCAGAUAUUGUUGAUGCAGAUUUAAUAAAGCACAAGCGGAGAUCACCACUUUCCUCUAUGGUUUUUGGCACCAAUGCUUUAUUUACGAAGCCUGCCCAAUCUUUGGCUCCAAUGCUUGUGGUUACAAUACUAAAUCAAUUUGGAUAUGAGAACCUGAAUAAUGAAGUUGCUCAACCUGAUCCAAGCUUGUUUUUAGGUCUUCAUGAUGCCAUGUUCUAUUUGAUCUGUCUGGUUCCACUCUGCAUUGCAGUCAUCCAGAUCCUGGCGUGGGCUCCCUUUUCAAUCCAGAACAGUCAUGUAACAGCUGUACGCUAAAUUUGUAACAGUUGGUCAGUAAAUCAGACAGUAUGUUCUAAAUGUGAAAAAACAAAAUUGCAUUAAAGGGACUAUUAGACCAAACACACUUUGAGCCAUUUCAGUGAAGAUGCAUUCUUCAGCCUACGAAGAGUAUAACACAGAUCACAUUAAGCCUUACUGCUGAGCCUGCACAGAGAUUUUUCUAGUUCAGUUGUUUUUCUUUAAUGGAAUUUAUCCUUAAUUACUAGAUAAAGCCAUUUCUGGUAUAUAUUGGUCACUGUUAACUCCUUUGAAGAAUGGAGAUCAGUUAUAGGAAUGCCAGCCCAGCACCUGGAAUUCAAGGGAACUGCAUUUUCUUCAGCUUCCUGAAAGAUGGUGAAUUAAUUCUGCUAUACUGAUAGAAUGGCAGAUCUCUGAAGUUUAUCUGGAAGAGCCUGGCGGAUACCCCUCAUGGAUGGCAAAGAGAUGAAGAGAAAAAUUUAGUUGGUGUGUAGCUGGCCAUUAUCCAGGCAAAUCUGACAGCUACCACAGGAAGAGCCAAGAGUAGUUAACUACUCUGUAAAAGUCUAUGUAAGGCUAAAGAAGAAAAAGAUGAAAAUGCUGUUCAGAAAAAGCUGCAUACAUCUUCACUGGCUUUUCGAGUGUCUCUAGUUAUGGUAGGCAGAUGCAGUUUUCUAGGUUUAAAUGGCAAGAUUAUUUUGAAGGUACCAUAUUGUUAGUACUUCAUACAGAAUGUCAUUGUGGUAAGGAAAACCUUAUUGUGUGGAUAUAGUGGUGUUCAGUUAGCUGGACAACUCUAAGUAUAUGCAUACUGAAACUCUACCUGCUUAGUAGUGUGACACUGGCAAACUCGGUGUGCUGACAGUUGAAGCUAAUUAAUUUAUGAUUAAUUAUUGCUAACAUCUUUUCAGUUACGCUUUUAAAUGGAUCCUAUGAUUUUUAUAAAAGUUUAUUUUGACAGAAUUUCAGGAACAUUGAAUCCUCUUUUUUAUUUCACACAAAUUGUAAUGAUAAGUUACUAUGUGUUUUCCUCCAGUAUAUCCAACAUGUAAUUUUGUAAUGAUAGAUAGCUAAGUAUGAAAUAAUAAUUUCAUUUUUGUUCUUUAUCUUGCCUAAGCAAACAAUUUUAGAAGCACCUUUCUUACAGAGUGCCAGUCACUUGAAAGUACAAGAUGCAUUGUACGUAUCCUGAUUUUGAAGUGCUGAGCCAGCUUAUUUCUAAGGCUUUACAUUUAUUGCAAUAGGUAACUUGAAUAGAAGGGAGUGUAAGAGUGCAUUUUGGUGGACACCAGUAUAAUUUGAUUAAGAGGUCUGAGACUGGAAAUACCAGUGUUGAAAAAAAGAAUUUUGUUGCCUCUGUUUUUACAUUUGCAGUGUAGAAACAAUGUUGUCUGCUUGCCUUUUUUGAAGUGCAAAGUGCUUUCAAGGUGAUGAGUGAAAAAAGUGAGAUAGCGUUUUUAAAUAUUUAGAUGUUCCAAAUGAACACUUUGAUAGGAAUAUGAAAAUUUACGUUAAAAUGUAAGAAGGCAGAAGUGUGAUGGCAUUUUGGGUUGCAUUAUCGGUUUUUUAUCUCUGUCUUGUCACAGAUACCAUUAUUCAUUUGCAUUGUAUGUGCUAACAGCAUUAUGUACACAUUCUAGCGUCACUUGUAUUUACAAAUCUAAAGAAUAUUUACACAAAUACGAGAGCAGAUAGACAUAGAUUGUGUGCUUAGAUUCUGAAUUUUAAAAGACCUACUGCACUCUAUGUAUGAAUUUUGUGCUUGAAAAGCAGAAGGAGCAAAAGCCCAAGGAACCUGAUUCAUUCUACAAAACAGUCUUCUUCCUUAUAAUUGCUUUAAAAUGGUGAUGGUAAUAAAUAACUUAAAAUAGUUUUCUUUUUCUUUACUGUUUCUGUAUUUCCUGUAUUUCCUAUGUUCAUCUAAUCCUCAUAGAAUAUAUAUUUUGAUAGGUGAAAAUAGUGUUUCUUAGGUGACUGUUUAUUACUUAGUUCUAAUAUUGAAUUACUAGAACAUAGUGUACAAGUGGGAGAAUGCUGUGCUAUACAACAGGAAAACUAGUAAGUGGUAUGAAGAGUCAAAAUUAUACCAGGAAUUCUUUGAAAUGAUCAGAUUUUUAUUUUUUUUCCUGGAAAAUGUUUGGCAAAUAUACCGUUUUAUUUGCUGAAACAAGAAAGGAGUAAGGGGUGAUAUGACUGCAGGCACAGUUUGAAUAGCCUCUAUAAAAUUCUGAGUCUUUAAGGAAGAGAAAAUAGUGGAAGAUUUCUAAGCAAGACAGCCUUAAGAUAUGAGAGAUUAACUAACUGUGUGGAAUAAACUAGUUCAGAAAACAAAUCUGAGAAAUACAGAAUUAUUUAAUAUGUAAAAUAUUAAUAAUCUUUCAAAUUUAUUAUCUAUUAUUCUCUCAUUUGUCUGUCCUAUUGCUCUUGCUAUAAGGGCAGGAAAAAAGUGUCUUUUGUCACACCAAUAGUCAGUCCAGACGAGGGCUGGAAAACAGCUUUAAAUUCCGGCAGUAGUCUUAUUACAAGAAUAGAAGGUUGGCAGUAUGUUAUGAUUGAUGUCACUUACUCUCCAUUUCUCUGUCACCCACUAAACUUUGUUAUCCUCUGCUAAACCUACAUGAUUGUUUUUGGCCAUGAAUCAAGUAACAGGAUGAUCAAAGGCAAAAGUUCAGUGUCCAGGAACAGCUGGUUUGUCUGCUUUCUCUCCUUAUUAGCUAACAGUAUCUUGAGUUUGAAGUCCUGCUGCUGGAAAAAUGCCCCAAUUUAAUCUUGAUAAUUUAAGAGUGUCUAAAAUAGUCUCAUAACUGAUAAAGAGGAUUUAAAUGUAUGUAAUAUAAAAUAUGAAAUGCUAUGAUAACUUCAGAGAAUUAGAAAUUUGAUGUUUAAAUCCCAUUCUUGGAGUUUCUGUAUAAAUUCUGAGAGUUUGGAUCUUAAUACACCAAUUUAAUUUUUUCUAAUUGAAAAUCUGUAGGUAAAAGCAUCAUUCAAAAGGAUGUUAUCUAAUAGACCCUAUAGAAUGCUAGUCUAAUAUAGACUAAUAUAGUAUAUGACUAGUGAUAUACUGAAAACACUGAAUAAAUGACAAUAAAAACAUAUUUCAUUUUAAGUAAGAAAAAAUUAGUUUUAUUUUUUGUGGAGCUUACAGGCCUCUGUUCUGUUUUGUACAAAAUGACCCUCCUAGUCUCAUGCUGUACUGUGAUUUUGGAACUGCUCAGUAAAUCAUGAAUAUACUAUGUUGACAUGGCUAGUAGGAUGUUUACAUUUGUAUAUGGUUGUGCAGCCUAAUGGGUGCUGUCAGGAAAGACAAGCAGGAAGGGAAGGAACAGUUAAGAUAAGCCACAUUUCCACAAUACUUCUGCACUCUUUCUUAUAAAAUUAAGCCAGCUCAGGCAAAAGCUUGGUAGUACAUACAAACAAAAGAAUUCUAGCUGCUUUUGUAAAGGAACAUACAGUAGACCUGGGGGGAAUUUUCUUAGAGAACUAGACAGACCUACAACUGGGCUUCCUUGAUUACCCUUGUGGGUGAGGAUUUUAGAUAGCUGUCUACGUUUGUUUAUCUUAAAGACCUUUUUCAUAAUCACUUUCUUACUGUUGUUUAAGUAAUGGAUGGGAAAGUUGUUCUAUUGCUGAACUCGAUCAGAAAAAUUGCAGAUUUACAUCUUAGAAUACAUGAGGCUGUGUAGCCAGCCCUGUCACUGUGAGUCCUGCUCCAGAAGACCAGGUUCCUUGUGAUCACCACAACCCAAAUGAUGUAUUAAAACCUUUGGGUAUGUUUGGGACCUUCCUGGACUUUAGGUAUUCAAUUGAUUAAGGAAUUUUCCAUCAAGACAAAAAAAGAAACACUACCUAAAUAGUUGCAGAGAAAGUAAAAACAAAGUGAUUCCUUUUUUUUCUGUAAAUACUCUCCCAGCACACCGGUUGCUUUGAAUGACAUCUGCACAUGCUCACAAACAGCCUUCUGAGAUUGUAAGGCAAUUGGCUACAAUUCCACCAGCCUGUAUGCAAAUGACAGUACAUAAAAAUUGUUACCUAAAUAUGCAUGAAUAGUGUGUUCUUUAUAGCCUGUCAAGAGAAAAAUAUGCUUCCUAUACAGCUACCAUAGCAGAAUAUUAAUAACAAAUGCAACACUGGGUAGGAACUUUGGAAAAUCUCAUUAAAAUGUACCCUGGUUGUAUAACUACAAUGCAAAGACAAA